AUGAUUUAUAAUAUAUCAGUAAUACAAAAUCAAUCAGAAUUAUUUUCAAAAUCAUUAUUAGAUUUAGUACUUGAAAAUUAUAGUUUUCAAGAUAGACUUGAAAUAUUAUUAUCAUCAAUAAAUUCAUCAAUUGAAACAAAUGAUUAUUUUUUAUUUAAUUUAUUAAUUUUAAAGAUUAAAGAAUUAAAUCAAGUAAUAGAACCACAGCAUUUAAAUAAUGAUGAUGAUAAUAAUGAUGAUGAUGAAAAUUCAAUUAAUUUAUAUGAUGUUAUAAUUUCAAAAGAAUUUUUUCAAAAAAUUCCAAUAACAAGGAAUUCAUUAUUUAAAUCAAAUAAUUUAAAAUUAUUUAAAAUAAUUAUAAAAUACAAACCUGAAUUAAUUAAAGAAUUUGAUAAAGAAUUCAUUCAAUAUGAUAUUAUUGAUCCUGAUAUUGCAAUUUUAUUAUUAUCAACAUAUGAUAAAGACGUUAUUGUAUCACCAAGAUAUAGAUUUAAUUAUUGUUCAAUUAAAAUUAUAAAUGGUAAUAUUCCCGAAGUUAUACCAUUCAUGAAGAAAAGAGUUUUAAUUGGUGGAAAUAAAACUAUAACUGAUUUAACAAUGAAAAAAUUAAAUUUAUUUGAACAAGCUAGAUUUAAUAUUUCAAAUAUUAUCAAUGAAAAUACUGAUGGAUUUGGUGGUGAUAUUGAAUUGUUUAAAAAAUUCUUAUCCAUAAAUAGAGGUUUAAAUUUAAAUUUAUUACAAACAUUAAAAUCUGCAAUACUAUUAGGUUAUAAAGAAUUGGUUGAAUUAAUACUAUCAAAAGAUUAUUCGAAUAAAAUUUAUACAAUCACAUUUAAUUAUAAUUAUUAUCAAUUGAAACAAAUUUUUAAUAUUCAUGGUAAUGAUAUAAUGCCAUUUGAAAAUAGUUUUGCAGAAAUAGAAAAUGGUAAACUCUAUUAUUCUUUAAAUUUAAUUCCAAAAUAUAAUUAUUUAAAUCUAUUAGUAUCAAAUGAAAUCGAUUAUGAAAAUCAAAUUUUAAACAUUAAUAAUAUUAUAAAACAUUAUUUAAAUGAAAAUAUAAUCCAUUUACCUUUUAAUCAAAUUGAAAGAGAAAAUUAUUUAAUUAAAAUUUAUAAAAAUGAAGAUGAUAUAAAAAAUUAUCAAUUUAAACAAAAUUUAAUUAAAAAAUUAAAUGGAAAUAAUAAUAAUAAUGACAAUCAAGAUAAUUUUUUUACAUUUUUUUAA